AUGAUUGUUAUUGCUUGCCCGCAUGAUUUUUAUGCCGAUGCAUAUGACUGUAGAGAAUCUAAAUAUUUCACAAUUGUUAUGCACCAUGGUGGUUUUAUGGUAAAUUCAUCAGGUUUUAAAUACACUGGAAAGGAGGUAAGUUUUAUUGAUAUGUGCCAUGUGGACAGUAUGUCAAUGCUUGAAAUGUAUGAUUUUGUGGAAGAGUUAGGUUAUUCUGGUUUGUGGAAUUUGUUUUGGAAACAAUCUGGGCAUAAAUUUACUGUUAAGUCAUUAAGAACAAAUUGUGAUAUCAUUAGCAUUGAAAAUGAUGUGAGUGAGGAAGAGGGGUCUGUACAUGAGGUACAUGUGGGUGUAGAUUUUGAAAGAGAUUUUAAUGGGUUAAACAAUAGAGAUGAGGGAAAUAUUAAUGCAUCUUUGAAUGAUGAAAAUGAAAUUGAUGGAGUAGAGUCAUUGCAUACUGAAAUUGAAUUUGAUUCUGAGUCUGACUCUAAUGGUCAAGGAAAACAUAGAUGUCCUGAGUUUAACGAUGAAACUGAUAUGAAAAACCCACAGUUUAAAGUUGAAAUGAUUUUUGGUGAUAAGUUGAAGUUCAAAGAGGUUGUCAGGCAGUAUGGGAUUAAGAAUAGGGUUGAUAUCAAAUUCAAAAGAACUAACAGGGUUAGGGUGCAUAUUGUUUGCAAGGAAGGGUGUCCAUGGGCUAAUCCUCAGUACCCAAUUACAACUUUAAGACAUGAUGUAUUAGAAGAUUAUGUGUAUAAAGUGUCAUUGAGUAAAUGCUUGAGAGCUAAGUACUUAGCUCUUGAUAUGGUCCUUGGGAGUCACAAGGGUCAAUACUCAAAGAUAUAUGAUUAUCUUGGAGAAAUAAGGUCUUCUAAUCCUGGAAGCACAACCAUUCUAAAAUUGGAUAAUAGGGUGUUUGAAAGAAUGUACAUAUGUUUACAAGCAUGCAAAGAAGGUUUCAAAGAUUGUAGACCUAUAAUUAGCAUUGAUGGUUGUCACCUUAAGGGCUAUUAUGGAGGUACUCUUUUGGCUGCUGUUGGUAUUGAUGGUAAUGACAUCAUCUAUCCAAUUGCUUAUGCUGUUGUUGAGAGUGAAAAUUAA